UCAACAGUUACCUCUUAUCACAGCGACAGCAAGUGUCGCCAUCUUUGUGGGGGGCAAUUUCCGUCUCUCUCUCUCUCUUUUUUUUUAAAACGAACCAUCCGCUAUCGCAGUGAAAGCAAACGCUACCAUCUUUGUGAGGGGCACAUCCCAUCAACUGUGUGGCUAAGGCAGUGCGCGCAUGGCACAGUCGGAGUCAGUACAGACAGCUAGGAAGGAGGAGUACUGAGAGAAAAAGAAGGAAGCGGAAGGAGUCUCCUCCUCCUUCUUCUCGUCCUCCAUCUCCCGGUCUCUUCCACUGCGCGGCCAAUUUUCCCGGAUUGGCUUUAGGCACCAGGUGAGGAUUCGGCAGUAGCAGCUCCCGAAUAGUAAGCAGUGGCAUUCGGGGCCGUGGAGGUGAAGUCUUUAGUGUGAUGUAAAUGCUACCUGAUUUUAAAAAUGACUGCUGUUAAAAUGUCACCACUAAGCAGUGAUUGCUCACAUUUGGAAUCGGUUGGAGAGAUAACCAAGGAAGAUUUAAUACACAAAUCACAUGGCACUUGUGAGGACUGUAAAGUAAAAGGACCAAAUCUUUGGGCAUGUUUAGAGGUGCAGAAAGUGCUCCUAGCAUUACAGGUAUCCUGUUGGCUGGUGCUGCUUUCUAAAGUGUUGGAUUAAUUUUCAAAUGGCUAGUGACAUUAACAUUUUUGUGAAGAAUAGAUGCUCAUAUGUUGGUUGUGGAGAAUCUCACAUAGAUCACAGCACCAUACAUUCCCAGGAAACAAAGCACAGUCUAACAGUUAAUCUUACUACAUUGCGUGUCUGGUGUUACGCAUGUAGUAAAGAAGUAUUUCUGGAUAGAAAACUGAGGUCUCAUUCUUCAUUGCAAAAUGUACGACUGUCUCAUCAAGCUCCAGAACAUACCAUACAGGAUAUUAGGUUGCCCAGUAUCCCAACACUGAAAAUUCCUCUAAUUGCAACAUUUGAUGACCUAGAUGUACAGGUAGAUGAUGAAGAUGAAUUCAAGGCAAGAGGUCUGACAGGCUUGAAAAAUAUUGGAAACACUUGCUACAUGAAUGCAGCUUUGCAGGCUCUUUCAAACUGCCCACCACUGACACAGUUUUUUCUUGACUGUGGGACCUUAGCUCGGACUGACAAGAAACCAGCCAUUUGCAGAAGUUAUUACAAACUGAUGACAGAACUCUGGCAUAAAAGCAGACCUGGUGCUGUUGUCCCAACAAAUUUGUUUCAAGGAAUUAAAACAGUAAAUCCAACAUUUCGAGGCUACUCCCAACAGGAUGCUCAAGAAUUUCUGCGGUGUUUAAUGGAUUUGCUACAUGAAGAGCUGAAAGAGACCAUUAUUGCAACAGAGGAUACUAAUGCAGCAAAUGCAGAAGAAAACAUGGAAGAAGAGAAAAGCCAGUCAGAUGCAGACUUUCAGUCCUGUGGUAACACUGAUAAGGUAGACUAUGAGACUUGGUCAAAGCCUGUUACAGAGCACCAUGCAGAAGAUGCUAUGUUGAUUCGUGAUGAUGAAAACUCAUCUAAAGACUACCAGAAGGAGAAAUCCUUGUGUACCAAGAUGAACAGAGCAAGCUCUAUGGAAGAUAUAGAAAAAGAUAUAAACAGUUUCUUUGAAACAGCUGAAUUCUUGAAUAACCAGGAAACAGUCAAAGUGCAAAUACACAGCAGAUAUUCAGACUAUCUGAAUGAUGUCCAUAUGAAUGAAACAUCUGUGCCACAAAGCUUUCCUUCAAAAGAUGGAGGGAAUGUGUGUUUAUCAACCAGCCCCCCCAAAUCAGGUUCCUUCUGGUCUGGAUUGGCACCCUCACACAAAAAAGUUCCAACUGUGUCUUCCCAAAAAAAGAAGAAGCACAAAAAAUACAGAAGUGUUAUUUCUGAUAUAUUUGAUGGGACUAUCAUAAGUUCAGUGCAGUGUCUGACAUGUGAUCGGGUAUCAAUUACCCAUGAGACUUUCCAGGACUUGUCAUUACCUAUUCCAGGUAAGGAAGACCUUGCUAAGCUACAUUCUGCAAGUCAUCAGACCUCUCUGGUCAAGGCAGGGUCAUGUGGUGAAGCGUAUGCUCCUCAAGGCUGGAUAGCAUUUUUUGUGGAAUACUUUAAAAGGUUUGUUGUCUCAUGUGUUCCUAGCUGGUUUUGGGGUCCAACAGUAACCUUACAAGAUUGUCUUGCUGCCUUUUUUGCCAGAGAUGAACUGAAAGGUGACAAUAUGUACAGUUGUGAAAAGUGUAAAAAGUUGAGAAAUGGAGUAAAAUUCUGCAAAGUUCAACACUUUCCUGAGAUACUAUGUAUUCAUCUCAAAAGGUUCAGGCAUGAGCUUAUGUUUUCCACAAAAAUUGGUACUCAUGUAUCCUUUCCCUUAGAAGGGCUUGAUCUUCAGCCUUUUCUUGCUAAGGACAGUCCAGCUCAAAUUGUGAUAUAUGAUCUCUUAUCCGUUAUCUGCCACCAUGGAACUGCCAGUAAUGGACAUUAUAUAGCUUAUUGUCGGAAUAACUUAAAUAAUCGAUGGUAUGAAUUUGAUGAUCAGAGUGUCACAGAAGUAACAGAAUCAACUGUCGAAAAUGCAGAAGCUUAUGUUCUUUUCUACAGAAAAAGCAAUGAAGAAGCUAAAAAGGAGAGACAGAGGGUAUCAAGCCUUAAUGUAAUGGAACCAAGCCUUCUCCAAUUCUAUAUUUCACGACAGUGGCUGAAUAAAUUCAGGACUUUUGCAGAGCCAGGACCCAUUUCAAAUAAUGAUUUCCUCUGUAUGCAUGGAGGAGUUCCUCCACACAAGGCUAAUGCUAUAGAGGAUCUAGUAGUAAUGCUACCUCAAAACAUAUGGGAAAACUUGUACAGCAGGUAUGGUGGAGGACCAGCUGUUAACGUUCUAUAUGUUUGUCAUACUUGCCAAAUGGAAACAGAGAAAAUAGAGAAAAGAAGAAAGACUGAAUUGGAAAUGUUCAUUCGGCUUAACAGAGCAUUCCAAGAGGAGGAGUCUCCAUCCAUAUUCUAUUGCAUCAGUAUGCAGUGGUUCAGAGAAUGGGAAGGGUUUGUAAAGGGCAAGGACAGUGAUCCUCCAGGUCCCAUUGACAAUAGCCAAAUUGCUGUCAAUAAAUGUGGUGCCAUUGUUCUGAAACAAGGAGCUGAUUCUGGGCAGAUUUCAGAGGAAACCUGGAACUUUCUCCAGUCAAUCUAUGGGGGAGGACCAGAAAUCAUACUGCGGCCACUUGUUGCUCAAACUGAACCUGAACCAUUACAGACAGAAGAUAAAAUUGAAUUAGAAACUCGUGGUCUGUAGCCACAUCACAGGGAUGAUUUCUCGUAUGGAGUUCCUUCCACUUAACAUACAUUCCCAAGAUUGCUUUUGUUUUGCUGUUUCUCUUUUUCCCUCUAAAGAGACAGGACAUUGGGCAUUAUAGCAUCUGUGGAAUUAAUCACUACUUAUAAUAGUCACAUUCUAAAACUGUGUUAUAGCCUUUCAAAGACACUGGUCUCAUCUUGAAAUUGUAUCUUUCCUGUCCUACAGAAAUGUAUGUGUGCAAAUUAGGGAUGAAGGAUUUAACCAUUCCUGUCAAUAUCUCUGCUCAAUUUCUGGGCUGCGUUAAAUCAAGUUUUGACUACACUAGAUUUAAAGGGCACAUACUUUAAGCAGAUGGUGGUGAGAUUGUAAGAAAAUGGAUUUAAUGUCCUAUGAAAACUCAGGAAAAGUUGGUUUCACUUUUAUUUGCACUGCACUAUAGAAAAACAUAAUGAACUAAAAAAAUUUCUUAUUUGAGUGUCGAAUAUAUGAAUGAUUGAAAUGAAACAUUGUUCUGCUCAACAGAUGUAAGUAACUUGCCUACUGUUUAAAUCUUCUGAUAAGUUUGUCAUAUAUAAAAUAUAACCUAUAGUAUCGGUAACUGAACAAAACCAUAGUCUUUAGGAUUAUUUGCUUUGAAAGCAUGGUGCGUAUGUUAAUGGCUAGUGCACUUGAUGAAUUUUCUAGUCUUUUUAAAUUAAUUGCAUCAAUAGUUUCAUGUGGAAAAUCUGUACAGUUAUGAAGUGCUCAUUGGCAUGAUUUAUUAUGUCAGAUGUAGAAUGAAUACACAAUGCAAGAUUGCAAAAUCAUUCUGGAUUAUUCAUAUUGAAAUGCUGGAUGUCUCCCUAAUGGUUUUUUUUUCUUCCUGACUAUUGCUGCCAUAUAAGCAAUGCUACUAAAUGCUAGUUCAAUAAAAUUAAUCUUUAAAAUGCUAACAUAA